CAGAAUAAUAGCAUAGAAUAGUAAUUUUUUAGGUUAUUCCCUUGAAAUACUGCAUCAAACUUGUUUGAAAAUGAAAAAUCAUUGCGAUUAUUAUUCAGAAGAUGGAAUAGAAUUUCCUCCUGUUGAUUUUAAUUAUAUUACCACUGCCAAUCAAUUAUCGAACAGUUCGACCAGUGAGUUACAAGAAACAACAAACGAUUUCAAGGGCAUUAAAUUUGUUGAUGAUCAAGUAUCGAAUAAAAAAUGGAUUAACAAGAGGGCAAAAGUCGAAAAAAUAGUUGCCAAGAAAUAUCAAAGAAAUAUUCAACCUGGGGAAUGUAUGAAAUUACUUCAAGUUGAUUUUGAUAAAGAACUUAGUGAAUUUGAUUUUUAUCAUGAAUCACAGCUACUACUUAAAAAUGCUAAUGUCAAAACGCAAAAUAUAUCUCUGAUUAUUCCAAGUUGUUUGAAUUGGAUAAGAUUCGUUGAAGUCAAUACAAUUGACCGCAACAAUGAAAUUAAUACAAUGAUGAGAGAAGAAAGUCAACAAGAUGUUAUGGUUAUAUGGAAUUGGGAUAAAACUGUGAAAAAAAUCUAUAAUCAAUCAUUUCAAGAAAGCCUCACUGAUAUCACAACUAUUAUAACAGAUAAAAAAUUAUCACUGAUAAUAUACAGGAUGGAGGGAUAUUUUUCAUAUCACAGAGACGAUAGUGGAAAAAAAAAAUUGGAGAUAACGUAUUCUAAUAUUGAUGAAUUACCAAAAAUUUCCAAAAAAGAUUUUGAAUGUUCAUUAGUUGAAGCACAGAUCACUCUUAAUUGUAAUAUUAUAUUGAUUGAAAAUUCACAAGACAUGAGCUCAAUGAUUCUUCAACAUACUAAAGCUAUUGCUGAAAUUCCAUAUAAAAUUGCGAUGAGACAGCCUCAUGUCGAAGGAAACUUUGACUUUUAUGCAAUGGGUGAUAAUAAAAAUACAAUAAAAGUGGAUGGUGAUGGCUUUGGAUUAAGAAGACUAUGGUUGAGGCAACUUUGUUUAUUUAAUAAUGCUGGAUUAGCAACUGCCGAGGCAAUUUGUACAACAUAUUCGAGCCCAUCACAGCUCAUGAAGUCGUAUGAACAAUAUUCAGCCGAAAAAGGGAAAGGACUUUUGAAAGAUAUUCCGAUCAGAAGAGGCCCUGGAGAAUUGUGUACGUCGAGGAAAAUUGGUUCAGAAUUGAGCCGCAAAAUCUAUACUAUGUUCACCUCAACUAAUGGUUUGCAAUUAUUGAAUUAAUAAGUUUUUUAUUACAAUAAACAUUCCAAUAAAGUUUUCAUACAGAGCUAUGUA